CCGGGCGGGACGCCCCGGCCGAUCCCCCCCGACGCCCGGCCCUGCCGGCCCCGGGCAGACCCAGGCCUCUGGCCCCACUUCUGGCCCAGAGCCGGGGAGUUCAACUUCCUUGGGCUCCUCGUCUCCCCUGUCGCCCCGCACGUCGCUGCCCAUCGCUUCCUCGCUUCCCCCCUCCGCGUCCGUCGCCCACUCUCUGGCUCUCUCACUCCUGACUUUCUCUUGCUUUGUCCUUUCCCUCUCCCCUCUCCCCCUCCGCACCCCGUUCCCCUGUCCCCAGACUGCGGACCCGCACCUCCGUGUGCCCCUGCCGUGGCCUCCAACUCCGGCCUGGCCCAGUCCUGCCUUUGGUCCCCAGGGAACCCCGGCGGGCUUCGUCAGGGUCUCCCGUAAAGGCCUGGAGGCCCUGGAUGCGGGCAUCUUUUCCACCUCCAUCAAGGGAUGAGGAAACUGAGGCAGGGACAUCGCUGGCUCAAGGUCACGGCCAGUUGAGGCAGGGCAGACCACAUUUAAACCUCAUGCCCGAGUUUCCAGAUUGAACUUCUCUGUGGGUUGACUCACAUCCACGUCCUGUGAUCCGAUGGCUGGGAACCUUCCUGCUGCCUGUGCCCCAGGCCUCGUGCAAUAUAAGGAGGGCUUUCCCGUGCCUCCUCCAUUGCCAGGCACCGUCACCUGCCUUAGCAAGCUCAUCUCAUCUUCGCAGCCUGUGAGGGAGGCCGUUCUUCUCUCAUCCUACAGACGAGGAAACUGAGGCCCAGAGAGGGGCAUCGAGGGCUUGCCCGCACUCAAAAAGCUGCAGGUGCAGAGCACAGAGUUCGGGGCAGCUCCCCAAAGCCUGUGCACUGCACAUCCGUGAGGCAGCUCCGGAUUGAAGGAUCUUUCUCUUUGGUUCUACCUCCUGUCUCUGUGCCCUGGGGGCAGUGGGCUCAUUGCCCAGGACGAAGCUCUGAUGGUUCUGCCCUAGCUCCGCUGCUCGCUUUCCCCACCUGCACCAUCCAGUGUUGCCCAUCAAGCUAGACAGAGGCAGCCUCAGUCCCCUGGGGUGUCCUCACUCGAGCACAUCCUGGUGGCAGAGCCUCCCCUGGCAGCUCGAGACACCCGGCUGGGCUGGGCCUCCCGGUGGCUGAAGGGAACCCAGCCAGCGCCUCACCCCAUCAUUAGGGAAAAUUUAGCCUCAGGCAGACACGCUGACACACAGUCUGGAGCAGGCUCAGGAGGAAAAAAUGUGUGGUCCUUGGUGUGGAAGAGUAGAGCGCCUUUGCUCUGUGCACCCAUCACUGGAAACAUCAGAGGCCCUGGACAAGGCAGGCGGGAGAGUUGAUGCCAUGGCCGCUUGUCUGGGGGGAGGGUUAAGAUGCCACGUUUGCUAAGCAGGUGUGCAGCCAAGGGCGGCAGCUCACGUAAGAGGCCUUUGUGUUUUUCAGCGCGUGGCAUGCCUGGAUGUCCCUGCCCUGGCUGUGGCAUGGCGGGCCAAAGGCUCUUAUUCUUCGCUGCUCUUGCCCUAGAGCUCCUGGGAGGGGCUGGGGGUUCCCAGCAGGCCCUCCGGAGCCGGGGGCCUGCAGCUGCCUGUCGCCUGGACAACAAAGAAAGCGAAUCCUGGGGGGCCCUGCUGAGCGGGGAGAGGCUGGACACCUGGAUCUGCUCCCUCCUGGGCUCACUCAUGGUAGGGCUCAGCGGGGUCUUCCCACUGCUCGUGAUUCCCCUGGAGAUGGGGACUGUGCUGCGCUCAGAAGCUGGGGCCCGCCGCCUGAAGCAGCUGCUCAGCUUUGCCUUGGGGGGACUUUUGGGCAAUGUGUUUCUCCACCUGCUGCCUGAGGCGUGGGCCUACACAUGCAGUGCCAGCCCUGUGCUGCCCCCUGCAGGUGGUGAAGGGCAGAGCCUGCAGCAGCAACAGCAACUGGGACUGUGGGUCAUUGCUGGCUUCCUGACCUUUCUGGCAUUGGAGAAGAUGUUCCUGGACAGCAAGGAGAAGGAGGGGACCAGCCAGGCCCCCAGCAAAGACCCCGCUGCUGCUGCCGCGCUCAGUGGAAGCCACUCUCUGGCCCAGACGGCUGCAGAGCCCGGCGUGAGUGCCGUGGUCCGGACCAUCAAAGUCAGUGGCUAUCUCAACCUGCUGGCCAACACCAUAGACAACUUCACUCACGGGCUGGCUGUAGCUGCCAGCUUCCUUGUGAGCAAGAAGAUUGGGCUCCUGACCACCAUGGCCAUCCUCCUGCAUGAGAUCCCCCACGAGGUGGGCGACUUUGCCAUCCUGCUCCGGGCCGGCUUUGACCGAUGGAGCGCAGCCAAGCUGCAGCUCUCGACGGCACUGGGGGGCCUGCUGGGCGCCUGCUUCGCCAUCUGUACGCAGUCCCCCAAGGGAGUAGAGGAGACCGUGGCCUGGAUCCUGCCCUUCACCUCCGGCGGCUUCCUCUACAUUGCCCUGGUGAACGUGCUGCCCGACCUCCUGGAGGAAGAUGACCCGUGGCCUGGCCCCUGUCCCCGCAGGCGCUCCCUGCAGCAAGUGCUGCUGCUCUGCACAGGCAUCGUGGUGAUGGUGCUCUUCUCGCUCUUCGUGGACUGACCGUCCCUGACGCCCUCUGCAUAGCAAUAAGAGACUCGGAUUCACUCUAUGACCGUGUGUGAGGCAGAGGGAGAGUGCCUGAGAGCGUACCUCUGACCACAUGAGAGGAUGGGGUGUGUGUGUGUGUGUGCGCACACGAAUGUGCGCGUGCACACGUGUGACCAGAGGUACUCGUGAGACCGACACUGUGAUCGUGCGCUGGGCCCGGGGCCCGAUGCCAGGGCCUCCCCCAGCCGCGCUGUGGUCUUGUCUCCUUACCCCCGUCAUCCUGCACUUGCCGCCGUGCUGGUGAGGAACCGCAGCCCCGGUCUCAAGUGGAGGCCUCUUCCCAAGACCACAGGGGGAGUGAGAACAGCCCCAGGCCUUCGGGGAGCCCAAAGCUGUCUCCCUCUGGGGUCUUGGGGUUCCUGGCCUUCCCAUCAGCCUGAGGGCUGAGGCUGGGGAGCCUUCUCUCCUGCUGUGUCCAUUGUCCUGGCCCUUCCUGUGCCAGUUCUAAGGCCAAAGAAAGAAGAGGCAGGUGCUCACGUAGCCCCUCGCCCACUCAGCACUGACAGUCCUACCCAGCCCGGGCUGGAGCUGGGAGAUGCUUUCCAAGACCUUUCCCUCGUGGCUGCCAGCCCUGGGCCAGCUCCUGUUCCCCUAGUAAAUGCUCCCUGGCAGCGCCAGCAGCUUUUGCCACGUCCAGCUGCCAAGCAGCAGCCUGCAGGGCAGUGAGCAGCCCUGGGCCAGAGAGGCCUCUGGGUCCAGCUCAGGGAUGCUCGUGCCAGUCCACGGUCCAGGCAGAGAUACCCUGGGGGCAAGGAGCGUGGGCCGUGGCCGCCCCUCCCUACCCAGGCCCUUUUUCCCGUCCCACUGCGGCUGAGGCCGGGCUGGGGGUGGUGAGGGCUCCACGUUGUCAGCACUCAGGAAUGUGCUCUGGGAGAAUGCUGAAGCCAUAAUCCCCAGCUAUUUCCCUUGGCUGACACCCAGGUACUCAGCUGGCCCACUCCACAGCCGGGCUCAGCCUGCUGCUCCACUGUGGACGUUCUGAGAAGCAGCCAUCAAAAGGGUCUGAAUGGGUUUACAGCACUUUCGCUGUGGUUCCGUUUCUAUAUGUAAAUAUUCUAUAGAUAAGAUGCAAAUAAAUAUUAUAUACAAACUG